UUUACCCAAAACUAAAACCUAGCCCCCUUCUCACUUCUCUCUCUCUACGGCAACGGCAACGGCAACAACAGGUUCUCCCGGCGCUCCUAGGAUCUCGGCGCUCGUGUCCUCUCGGCGACAGCCGCAUCACUCGGCGCUCCCCUGGGCGCUCGCAGCAGCAGCACCACUCCACUGAACCAUCACGAUAGCUUCUCCUCUCUCCCUCGGGCAUUCUUGUUUGUUUCGCAUACAGCUGCUAUUGUUGGUGAGGAGUUUUAUUGGUGAUAAAGAUUUGUGGUUGGCUUCUGAAUUAAGCAGUUUUUGGAGUGGUAAAUGUGACUAGAAUUUGUGUGGACAUUGUUGCCAGUACUCAUAAGAGAAGAGAAGUAAUUGUAGUGUGCGACAAUGUCGGUGACGGCAGGUGUUAGUGAUACUGUGAUUGCCGUCAGGGAUAAGCUUAGAGGUAAAAUCGGUCAAACCAAAGUUAAGAGGUAUUGGCCUGGUAAAGCUCCCGAGUGGGCAGAUGACGUCGAAGAAGAGGGGGAUAUUAGAAUGUCCAAGGCAGCUGCCUUGGAAAAAGCUUUUCCAACACAGGAGUAUUCUGAAACUGUGAGGAAAGAUGAUCCCAGGCUGCGUCGUUUGGCUGAAAGUAGGAUAGAUAAUCGCGAGGAAGUGAGAGCUGAUCAUAGGCGUAUUCGGCAAGCAGAGAUAGUUUCAACAAUUGAAGAGGAAGCCAGAAGACAGGAAGGUUUGGAUGCGGAGGAAGAUGAUGAAGAUGCUUUAGAAGAAAGAAGACGGAGGAUUAAGGAGAGACUGCGUCAAAGGGAGCAAGAAGAAGCUCCACUUCUCCCAUCAGAGGAUGAGGAAGAAGUAGAGGAAGAGGAGGAAGAAGAGUCCGAGUAUGAGACUGAUUCAGACGAAGAGCCCACUGGUAUAGCAAUGCUAAAACCUGUCUUUGUUCCCAAGUCAGAGAGGGAUACCGUUGCAGAGCGUGAGCGUCUUGAGGCCGAAGAGCUGGCUCUUGAGGAGCUUAAGAAAAAGAAAUUGGAAGAGAGGAAAAGAGAGACAAAAAAGAUUGUGGUUGAGGAAAUCAGGAAGGAUGAAGAAAUCCAAAAGAGUUUAGAACAGGAGGCAAAUAUUGCGGAUAUUGACACUGAUGAUGAAAUCAACGAGGCAGAGGAGUAUGAAGCAUGGAAGGUGAGGGAGAUAGCUAGGAUCAAGAGGGAUAGGGAAGAGCGAGAAGCAAUGUUGAGGGAGAAGGAAGAAAUUGAGAGGGUGAGAAACAUGACGGAGGAAGAAAGAAGAGAGUGGGAGAGGAAGAAUCCAAAAGCUCCUGCCAAGUCAAAGCAAAAGUGGAGGUUCAUGCAGAAAUAUUUCCACAAGGGAGCUUUCUUUCAAUCACAAUCUGAUGAUCAUACUGCUACUGCUGGACCAGAUGGUAUCUACACUCGCGAUUACUCUGCUCCAACUGGAGAAGAUAAGAUGGACAAGACUAUACUGCCUAAAGUUAUGCAGGUCAAACAUUUUGGUCGUAGUGGAAGGACAAAAUGGACACAUCUUGUCAACGAGGAUACUACUGACUGGAACAACCCAUGGACAUACAAUGAUCCUCUUCGAGCGAAGUACAAUGCAAAAAUGGCUGGAAUGAAUGCACCAAUAGCAAAACCUAAAGGAAGCAAGAAAUUGAAAGACUGGGAAUCUCGUUGAAAUGUAUGCAAAUGACACCUUAUAUGGUUUUAGCAUUGUCAUGUUCGUGUACUCUUUUCAUUUUUACCUUUGAAGGGGUUCGAACAAGGGUAUAUAUGGACCACUAAUUCUAAGUUGCAUUUUUAUAUCUUUAAUUGAAAGGCAGAGCUAAAUGCAUAUGGCUUUGAAUUUUGCCAUAUUUGGGGACAAA